AUGAGGCCCGCGUCUUUGGUGCCGCUUUUCACGGCAUCUGCUGUGGCGCAGUCACAAUAUGGCGAGAACCAUGUUAAUAUAAACCAAGACUCGCAGUUAAUAGAGCAGAAGGCUUUCCCGGCACCAAAUGUCACGUUGUACAGUCCUGCAUUCUUGUCCAAUGCAUCUUUUGAUCCUGGGUGGGCUAAGGGUACGGAAGGUGCGACGUCGCAAUACAAUUUGGACGCAUACAUCAGUGGUUUAGCAUCAAAAAACCCAUCAUGGAUGACCUAUGGCGUCGCCGACUUCUUCAGUGAGGAAGGCAAACCAUUCCCAUAUAUCUACCUCUCUUCCGCCCCAAACGCAACCGCCUCGCGUAUCGCCUCCAGAAAACUGCGGGUAUGGAUUCAAGGCUCAGUUCACGGAAACGAGCCCGCCGGCGAUGAAGCCACCCUCGCCCUCCUCGGCGCAAUGGACAACGACCCAACCUGGGCUUCGACCUUCCUCUCCGAAAUGGAAAUCCUCAUCCUCCCCCGCUACAAUCCCGACGGAAACGCCUACUUCCAACGCACCUUAGCUACGAACUUCGAUCCCAACCGCGACCAUACUAAACUCGCACGUCGACAAACCAGGGAUAUUAAGAACUGGUUCAGCACUUUCUCCCCGCAUAUCGCCAUCGAUAUGCAUGAGUAUGGAGCUGCCACACGCUAUGCUACAAACUACAGCAACGCUGCCGACGGCAUGUACAGCGCAGCCAAAAACCUAAACAUCCACCCCUCCAUCCGUUCCCUCUCUGAAACUGUCUUCGCCCCCGCUAUCAACGCCUCCCUACUGUCCAAAGGUCUACGCGGCGCACCGUACAUAACCGCAUCCAGCACCUCCCCACCCCGCCUAGAAGAAGCAGGCACAGAUGCGAAAAUCGGACGUAACGCAAUGGGCCUAAUUCAAUGCGUGACCUUCCUCUUCGAAACCCGCGGUAUCGGCAUCGCAAACCAGGAGUUUCAACGGCGCACCACGGCGGGACUUCAGAUGAUACUGGGGGUCUUAGAAACCGCACGUGAUCGAGCUGGCGAAGUGAAAGCAACGAUUGAAGGGGCGAUUGCGGAGGUCAUGGAGAGUAAAGAGGAUAUCGUAGUUACAGAUUUUACGACGUGGGAGAAUACUACGUAUCCGAUGGUUGACCGGCGCACAGCGGAAAUCGUCCAACUACCCGUUGAAUUUGCAAGCACAACACCCGUAACCGCAAAUCUUACGCGCACCCGUCCGAAAGGUUACGUUAUCCCCCGCGCAUGGGCUGAUGUAGCGGAGCGCCUGCAGGUCUCCGGACUACAGGUUGAUGUGCUGGAUGAGGUGUUCAAGGGCGAGAUUGAAGUAUACAACAUCACCUCAUCCCGUCUUGGGAAGUCGUAUUAUGAGGGCGUGGUACUUAAUACGGUGACGACGGAGACGCUGGUCAAGACGGUGGAGUUGCCAAAGGGCAGUUUCUGGGUAGAUAGCAAGCAGAAGAAUGCGGGUUUGGCUUUUGUGACGCUCGAGCCUGAGGGGAUUGAUUCGUGGGUGACCGUCAACAGCGCUAGUCCCAGAUAG